AUGAUUAUGGGAGACAAGCAGAAAGAAUUUGAAUUCAGACAGGCAUGGGAUACAUGCAGAGAAGUUCCAGUUAUUCAAGAUGAAAUAAAUCCCCCAAAACGACUCUGUUUUAUGAAAUGGUUCUGCUGUAUCUUGGUUGGUACCCUGGUGUUUACUCUUACAGUACUGAGCAAGUCAUCAUUUCUGAUUUUGGUAACACUUGGAAACAAUGUGACUGCGAGUGUGCCUGAAGGACUAAAAGUGAGCGCUCUGCUGAGUAUCGGCUGUGUGUUGGUUGGACCAAAUAUUCUGCUUUUGCUCAAGAGUCUUUGGAAGUUCUUCUUCAAAAGUGCAAGUAAACCAUCUAAGAAAACAGUCAUGUGGGUGUUGUUUGUCGAGUUUUUGGUAUCACUUGGAGAAGUGGUCCUGACAGUGGUGGCUAUGCCAUAUUUUGAUAUUAUCACUAAUGUGAUGAUCUUGAACAGUGUGAGCAUCCUGUCAGCAGUGUUCCAGGUAGUCGACCAAUAUCGUGCAAGAAGUGAAGGUUCAUCCCAACCAACAUCCUGCAAAUUGGAAUGUCGAAAGUGGUUCAGACCAAUUGCUUCCAUCAUCUUCAUUAUUCUAGGCCAUAUCCUCUUCAUAAUAAGCUACUUAGUAACAGAAGAAAGUACGUCUCGAGUAAAAAUAUCCAUGUGUCUGGCCAUUGUAGGAACCAUUUUUGUUUCAUUGAACUGGUGGGAGAACUACAGCAGUCUGUUUCCCUUUUUGGAAGACAUCUCCAAAGACAUAGCCAGUUCCCAGAAUGUGGUUUGCAUUCUGUCCAGUAUGGUCAAAGUCCUGGUAACUGCUGCUGUGGUUGGAGGUAGUGUUCCUUUGUCAGAAUGGAGUUCCCUUAGCUCCAUCCCUACAAGCGUGAGCAAGACCGUCUUUGGUUUAAUGGCAAUCCAGAUUGCUUCUUCUGCAAUGUGCCGCUGGUUUGUAGUGGUGGCUUGCAAGAUGCAUGCCCUGCGGCGCUGUUUUGUUGUGCCCAUGUACUUGUCCUCUGUGGCUGUUUUGCUGUUGUUCAUUAUUCAACUUGCCCCUUUUGCCCAGUGCCCUAAUUCAAACCAUAUUUUUUCUACAAAUAAAUCUUUUGAUAACCAGGCCGUCAGUCCCACUGCAUUUAUUUGUUCAUUGAUGACCAACGUCAUGCUCACACUUUCUUCACGGCAUAUUAUAUCAGAAAUGAACGUUGGAGGAUUGGUGGUUCUUGGCUUGUGUGCCCUCAGCUGGUGGCUGGGAUUCAUGCUAAGCACUGGUUACAUCUGGUUUCUGAAGAUCCAGCGGAUUGAGAGAACUCAUGACCUGUUUGUGAAGCAGAUGUAUGAAGGAGCAUUUCUGGAGCAGUCCAUGUUGCUCAACACACAUUUUGUAGCCAGGGAGAAAAAGAAGGAUGAAGGAUCAAAAAGCCCUGUCACAGUCUAUUUAUGCGCAACAAUGUGGCAUGAGACAUAUGAUGAAAUGAUGAAGAUAAUAAUUUCAAUGUUCAGGCUUGACAAAUUCCGCCCGAAAAUGAACAACCACAAUGAUGCUUCCUUCGAGUUCCAUAUUUACUUUGAUGAUGCUUUUAAGGAUGUGCAGAAUGGCAAAAUGCAACAUGUAAAUGAAUAUGCUGAGAUCCUAGUGGAAGUAAUCAAACAAGUUUACACAAUUUUUAGUGAGGAUGACCCAUGUAUAUUCAAGAAGAAGCCCAGUCUCCCUCAGCAGAAUAUCAUCAGCACACCAUACGGAGGUCGUCUGGAGUACACACUUCCUAAAGGCAAUAUAAUGAGAGUUCACCUCAAAGACAAACAGCUAAUUCGACACAAAAAGAGAUGGUCCCAGAUCAUGUACUUAUACUACCUCCUUGGCUGGAGACUCAAUAGCAAGUACGUGAAGAUGUUUCAGAAGGGUGAAAAUGUGGAUGAACUGAAGAAGAAACUAAAGAAAGAGAAAGAGAACACGUACAUCUUGGCCCUGGAUGGAGACACAGAUUUCCAGCCCUCUGCUGUGAUGUUACUUAUUGACAGACUUAAACUCUACCCGGAUGUUGGCGCUGCCUGUGGCCGGAUUCACCCCACUGGCACUGGGCCCAUGGUGUGGUAUCAGAAGUUCGAGUAUGCAGUGGGCCAUUGGCUGCAGAAGACAGCAGAACAUGUGUUUGGCUGCGUGCUCUGUAGCCCUGGUUGCUUUAGUCUCUUCAGAGGUGCUGCCCUCAUGGACGACAAUGUCAUGAAAAGAUACACCACCAAGCCAACAGAAGCCUGUCACCAUGUACAGUAUGACCAAGGAGAGGACCGCUGGCUCUGUACUCUCUUAGUACAGCAGGGCUGGAGGGUGGAGUAUAAUGCUGCAUCGGAUGCAUACACCAAUGCACCACAGGACUUCAAAGAGUUCUACAACCAGCGGCGGCGCUGGGGGCCCUCCACCAUGGCCAACACCAUUGAUCUGCUCAGCACUAGUGGCGUGACCACUCACCGGAACAGCUCUAUCUCUAAACCUUACAUCAUUUACCAGGUCAUCAGCAUGGGUGCCUCCAUUUUAGGUCCUGCCACCAUCUGCCUGAUGAUAGCGGGAAGUUUUACUUUCAUAAUGAACAUGGAACCAAAUGCUGCUCUCAUUGCAGCCACAGUGCCUCCGACAAUCUACCUGGCGCUGUGCUUCAAGCUGAAAGCUGACACACAGAUCCAGAUCGCAGCAGUCAUGAGUGUUCUGUAUGCCUUCCUCAUGACUGGAACUAUCCUCUCCAUCAUAGGUGACCUAGUGAAGAAUCAGACAUUUAUGACCCCCAGUGGUCUGUUUCUGAUUAGUAUGACUCUACUGUACCUCAUCACAGCAGCUCUUCACCCUCAGGAGUUUUCCCUGGUCAUCUAUGGAAUACUAUAUUUCCUCUGUAUACCCAGUGGCUAUCUCCUGCUUGCGAUUUAUUCCAUUGUGAAUAUGAACAAUGUCUCAUGGGGGACACGAGAAACUGGUGGCAAAGUGGAAACUGUAGCAGUGAGCGCCAUCAAGAGGCAGGUCAUACAGGCUGCAUGCUGUAAAUGCCCCUGCUGGAAAAACAAUGAUGCUGCUGCAAGAGAAACUGAACCGCUACUGAACUCCAUAGUGUCCGAGGAGCAAGAUCUUGUGGUAGACAUGGAUUCUGAAGAAACUGAGAGGUCGAGUGAAUGUAUCACACUACAAACGCCGAGAAGCUGGAUUGAAGAUCUGCAAGUAAAAUUUCAUGAUUUUCCACUUCACCAGGACACACUUUCAGAGGAUGAAACUGAGUUUUGGAAAGAUCUACAGAAACGUUACUUAGAACCUCUUAAAGAGAACAAAGAGCAACAGAAAAAAGUAGCAGAAGAGCUCAAAGACCUUAGAAACAAGGUGGCAUUUGUCUUCUUUAUCUGCAAUGCUCUUUGGUUGAUGGCCACCUUUUUCCUCCAGACCAUUGGCACCGCUGUCACCCUGUCUAUUCCCAAAAUGUAUCCAAAUGGGACUGUUGCAAAAGGCGAAACAUUUUCUAUUGAUCCAAUAUCACUGAUGUUUCUUCUGAGCUUUGCAUUGCUACUAUUAAUGCAAUUUUUCGGCAUGCUUUACCACAGGUAA